AUGUACUCUCCUGAACUUCAAAAACAUCAACGAGUUAUUUCACAUGCUCGCAAAUUGGAAGGCAAAGUAGCAAUCAUCACCGGGGGUGCCAGCGGAAUCGGAGAGAGCACCGCAAGACUGUUUGUUUAUCACGGCGCCAAAGUCAUCAUCGCCGAUGUCCAAGACGAGCUUGCUCUAUCCCUCUGCAAAGAACUCGACCCGGACCAAGAAUCCAUUCCGUACGUCCAUUGCGAUGUCACAAUCGAUUCCGAUGUGAAAAAUGUUGUAGAUGUGGCAAUCUCCAACUACGGAAAACUCGAUAUCAUGUACAACAAUGCUGGCAUACCCGGGAACUUGGACCCGACGAUUUUAGGUGCUGAUCACCAGAACUUCAAGCAAGUGUUUGAUGUGAAUGUUUACGGGGCUUUCUUGGGCGCCAAGCAUGCUGCUAGGGUUAUGAUCCCUGCGAAAAAUGGCAGCAUUCUCUUCACUUCGAGUGUGACAUCGGCUAGUUGUGGUGAGUCUUCACAUGCCUAUACGAUGUCGAAGCACGCGGUGGUGGGGCUUAUGAAGAGUUUAUGUGUGGAGUUGGGGCAGUAUGGUAUUAGAGUUAAUUGCAUUUCUCCAUGCGCUAUGGCUACUCCAUUGUUAACAAAUGCCAUGGGUUUGGAGAAGAAUGUGGUGGAGGAAUUGAUUUGUGCUUCGGCUGUAUUGAAAGGAGUUGUGCCCAGAUCAGAGGAUGUAGCCGAUGCUGCAGUGUUCUUGGCCAGCGAGGAGUCGAAGUUUGUCGGUGGACUAAACCUUCUUGUUGAUGGGGGUUAUAGCACUACCAACCAAUCGUUCAGUAGGGUUCUGAGGAAUGUGAUGUCCUCAAACCAAGUUUUGUAA